CAGCGCUGACUGACCGCUAUAGCUGCUGUCAACAAAUGCAGCUCGUCCACUUCCGACCGGCCGGCUCACUCUCUGGUUUCUCCCUGACUUUGGCUCUGCUUAUUUUUACUGCUCCACCCCACUAUCUCUGCUCAAGUUUGCUAUAGGACAGGAUGGCUUGCCGUCUUCUCCGGUGCCUGGCCCCCAUGGCCCCGCUUGUGUCCUUGGCAAUGCGCCAGCACAGAAGGUCCGCUAUGAGUGUGGGGCGGCUCCUAAAUGUCACUGCACCUGCUUCAUUAGGGACAUGCCGCACCAAGAAAACAUGGCCCAAAAGCUUCACUCAGGACGAGUUGAGGAAGCGCCUGACACCCAUGCAGUAUCACGUCACACAGGAGAAAGGCACAGAAAGUGCAUUUAGGGGAGAGUACACAGACCACAAAGAAGAUGGAACCUACACAUGUGUUGUCUGCGGUGCCUCUCUGUUCAUGUCAGAUAAGAAGUUUGACUCUGGCUCAGGAUGGCCAUCCUUUUUUGAUCUGGUCAAAGAGGACGCGAUAGCACUGAUGGAUGAUUUCUCCUAUGGCAUGCACAGAGUGGAGACUAGCUGUAGUCAGUGUGGUGCUCACCUAGGACAUCUCUUUGAUGACGGACCACGGCCAACUGGGAAGCGCUACUGCAUAAACUCCGCCUCCCUCAGCUUUCAGCCGAAAAACUCUGUUCCUGAAGGGCCAGAGCCGAGUGGCGCUGCAGGCCAAUCAGUAUCCUCCAGUAAGAGUGAGCUUUGAGAGGAACUUCUGAAGACCAAGCCUGUAUCAGACUGCUGAGACCCUUUGGAUAAAUCCCUUUAAAGUCACUUCUGGACUACCAGCUCCAGAUCAAGCCUGAUAUGUUUCAGGUGAGCCUAGCAAUAAUAAGACAAGUUUGUCCUUACCAGACGUCCAAACGUAAGGUACUCCAUGAACCAGAAAGCUAUUUAGUAGCAGUACGUAAACACCAUCAUUGGUUUUGGCUGAUCUGCCACAAGUUAACUGCCCAUCGGAAUACCCAUAUGCCUAAAUAUUAGAGAUGUCUGUAAACUGAAACUGCUCUCCCGGAGGUCUGACGUGCACUACUGCUUUUACCAUCCACCAGAGGUUCUGUAGUGUACGACUGAGACGUUUUCUUCACAACGAUAUAGUGGAACGCUCUUGCUUGGAAAUGAAUUAUAUAUGUGUACUUUCUCAGAGCGAUGUGUUGUUUUUGAAGUGAUAUUUGAUACCGGGAGGUCAUGGGUUUCAGGAAAAUGCUAUGCAAAGUGCUCCUGUGAGCGGUAAAAUAAGCACCAAGCGGAGAACAAAGCAUUCUUUCAAAUAAAAUGGAACAGAUGACAAAUGUUUAGUCUGAACACAAAUGUAGCCUGACUUUUAAGGGUGCUUUUUGUCUGUCUGAUCGCGGUGCCUCUUUUUCUGUUUGAGUUGAAUAUUGCUUUUUUUUUUUUUUUUUUGAGGGGGGUGGGUGGUUUUCUGAUUUACUGAUGAUGUUGAUGUGUUAUUAAAGAUUUAUUGAGUAUGGUUUGGCA